AUGUCCGGUAGCCCCACGUAUCAUGUCAACUCCGAGGAGAUAUGCCGCCUUGUGAGAGAGGCUAUUUCAGAUAGCAUGCCUGCAAUCUUGAACGCAGUCCUUGCCAGAGUUCAGGGCACUGAACCGCCUCUUCACUCGGAGCCAUCGCGCCAAACAGAGUCACUCCAGCCCCCUGAGGACAAUGGCCCCUCUCGCCAAUCCCCCUCGUCCGGGACUUCGACUUCGUUGAUGCCCUCAUCAAAGAAGUCCGCGUCGAAGAAACCCGCCGUAGUGAACUUCACAAUGACCGUCAAGGUUCCAGGCCAACUCGGCUUUCAGAAGCUACGCAGAUUAACCGACUUCGGAGCCCGCAAUCGGUUGGGGAGCAGCGGCAAAUGGCCAUUCAGCGAGGUCAGGGACGUGACCUUCAGAGGCAAUAUCAUGGAAUUAUUUUUCCGGAAUGAGGCCUCCUUGAAGCGAGCGGAAGACGAGUUUUCUACUUUGCCAAGACUGCUCCGGUGA